ACAAGCGAACACUUUUCAUGAUAAUUAUAUCUUCGUGUUAUCCAGCUGCUGGCCACCGUAAAACACAUUUAACCGUUUGAUUUAGAGCUGAGUUUGGAGUCUGAAGAGACGCCAUUAUCAGAUAUAUGUUAUGUCUUUUUCGUGAAGUUUAAACAGACAGUUAAAUACUGUUUUGACGGAGUGAGCCCUGUUAGCUUAGCAGAAGGUUAACUUCCCAUUGGAAUCACAGCUAACGUUAGUUAUGCAGCGGUGUCAUUGUGGCUAACAGCUAACAGGAGCGACAGCAGCAGCACCGGGACACAAGGUAACACAGCAUGAACUAUCCCCCCACCAAGCGCCUUCGAGGCCUGAACCAGGAAGCAGUGACGACAGUGGCCUUUGAUGACCCGUUUGGAGAUGAUGAGGACUUCACUCAGGACGACUUGGAUGAGAUUGAUAUCAUCGCCUCGCAGGCCAACACUGGUGUCACCACACCUGGACUUGGGUCUAAACCAGGAACCAAACCCACUGAGCUGGCCCGUGGGUCUGCCUGGCCGUCGAAUGCAGGGCACAGUAAAUCUGUCAGCAGAGCCACAUCCAACCACAGCAGAGAGAACGCGUUUGGGCUAAGCAGCAGCAGGGGAAAUCCUGGGAUACCAAGCAGAGAGCCUCUCGGUAACAGGCAGCAGCAGCUUGGGUUGGACAGAGAUGACUCUUACUGUCUGCUGGAGGCUCAGCAUGCAGAGCUAAAGAGGAAGCUGAAGGAGGUGGAGGAGGAGAUUGUGUUGAAGAACGGCGAGAUCCGGGUCCUGAGGGACUCUCUGAAGGGAGCUCAGCAGGAGAAGGAGACCCAGAGGCAGAACCAGAUCCAGCUGGAGACCCAGAGACAGAAAGAGCAGAGCGAUAGGGAGAAGGAGCUCAACAGGAAGGUUCAGUCUUUACAAUCUGAGCUGCAGUUUAAAGAAGCAGAGAUCAAUGAGAUCAAGACCAAACUGCACAGCUCAGACAAAAACAAGACGGCCUCUCCACUGCCAAGACACAGUCCUAAAGUGCUGAGCUCUCUGGCCCAGCUGCAUCAUGGGACCGGUAGCAGCUCCUCCUCUCCAACAGGAAAUGGGUUCAUCACCAAGGAGUCAUUUGGAGCUCCAGGCCCGUCCAGAACAACACCAGUGAAGACACGGAGAGACACAGACAGAGGGACAUCCAGCAGCAGAUCUGGCGACAAACAGGACACGUCUCGCCCGGACCCUUUCCUGUCUGUCAGACCUGCGCACCUAAGGCACCGAGGUGGAGUCCUUCUCGGGUUGUUGCUGCAGCAGCCUUUGUCUCCCAGCAGCCUUGGCCUGUCUCACUUGCUGUCCAUGAGUCUGACUGAUAUCCACCUGACAUCCAGCGAGCUGUCUACAAAUUUUCUGUUGGACUGUGAUGCUGCAGCCAGCGUCAGUGGCAGUGGAGGCGGAGCUCCCAGAACAGCUCUGAGUUCGGUCCAGAGUCUGGCUAUAACCGGACUCAACAUGCUGAGUCAGAGCCGACCGGCAUCUUCAGCCAGCAGCAGAAACAUAAGGUUGUGUCCUGGAGCUGUCCUCCUCCUCCCUCUGUUGGACCUUCACCUGUCUCGGCUCUGUCAGGCUCUGGAUUUGCUCCGUUCCUCACACUCUGCUGGCAGUGGUGGAUCAAACUCCACCGCUGCCAGCUCCCUUCCAGCGGGCCGCGCUGCUCCUGCUGCUGCACAGGGAAGACUGGAGGAGGCUGGUUUGACUGGUUUCAGCGUGGAGGACACUGGCUUGGCUGCUCUGAGGCUCCUCUACCUGGUGCUGGCCCACAGUGACGAGGCAGUGGAGGCUGUGCUGUCAAAGGAGAGUCAGAGCAGAGCUACAGACAAAAAGACUGAGCGUUCUGUUGCAGGUGUGGGUCUGAGCUCCCAGAAUGCCUUGCUGCAGUCAUUGUUAAGGCUGUGUGAAGCAGGGCGAGGCAGUGGCUCACAGAAUGAGGAGCUUGUCCUCAAUGCCAUGAAGACCCUGUGUGUCCUUAUUGAGAGGACGCCACACACUCACACAGACAGGUUGCAGUGUGUGUUGCAGGUGCUGUGUGUGUGUUUGUCAGCAGACUGCAGGUUGCAGAUGGUUUCUGGGAGUGUGUCUGUCCUCACGUCCAUGUCUGACCACCAGACACUGGCUCAGCAGCUCUGCUCUCAGCAUGACCCGUGUGUUUUCCUGAAGUUGUUCCAGUUCAUCAGAACCAGACCAGACAACCAAGCAGCACACAGAGACUGGAUUCUCCUGGACCUGCAGGUGGUUUGUUUGCUGAGCAAACUGAUGACUCAGAGGGCAGAGAGCUGGACCGCCAGCCAGCGCAGAAGCUGUCAAUGUUACACUGAGUUGGUUCAGACAGUGGUGAUUGUUUUCCAUCGUCAGUGGUUGGAUCUUCGUGGUUCUCAGGAUCCGACAGACUCAGCAGGCAUGGCCCCACCCCCACAGAAAUGCCCCACCCCCUCGUUGCCAUGGUGGUGCGGCCCGGCAGCGUCUCUGCUCAGGGAGUGUCUGCUGCUGCUUCACUGGCUGCUGCUGCAUCACGGCAGCUUCUCAGAGAGCUGCAGGCCGCUGCUGCACAUGUAUGACCAGGUGAUCCCUGCUGUGCGAGACACGCUGAGGAAGAUCCCCAGGCUGAGCGAGAGCGAGGAGCUGGCGUUGGAGGAGAUCUGCCGCUCAGAGGGCGACGACACUGAUGACAUGGACACUGAUAAUGGCUCCUGAUUGGCUGCUGCCACAGCGACCAAUGAGCCGACACAAGAGACAGUUUACUGACUGUUAAUUGGACUUUUUUAGACUGAGACAAGGACAGAACCGUUCUGUGAUGAAGUGGAUGUUGGAGAGAAAUGAAGUAUCAUUGAAAAUUCAGAGGUCUGAAGUGACGGACAGUCACAGGAUUUAUUCUGCUGUCUGAUGUGAUUUAAUAAUAAAAUGUGAAGGUGAGACAAA